GGGUUAUUCUUCUCUCCAGAAACAGUCGCGAAAUGUUAGCUUUGGGGGUGAAUGUGGAACCCUAAAACUUGACUCGCCUACCGUACAUGACAUUGAUCCUGUUUUCAGGUUCUGCAAACUGCAAUUGGCAGAGAGGCGGUUACAAUUGUGAGCUUCUUUUCAAGAGCAGGGGAAGGCGUUAACAAGGAGGAAGCCUUCCUAAGCUUCAAUCAGGUUCUUGUCCUUUCUUCUGAGGAGUGCCGCUGUGGUUUCAACAUGGGGACUCGCCUCCGGGAUAUGAUCCGGGCCGUCCGGGCCUGCAAGACAGCUGCAGAGGAGCGGGCAGUAAUUGCCAAGGAGUGUGCGGCACUCCGGAAUGCAUUCAAGGACGAGGAGGGCGACACACGCCACAGAAAUGUAGCCAAGCUCAUGUUCAUUCACAUGCUGGGCUACCCGACGCACUUUGGACAGAUGGAGUGCCUCAAGCUCAUUGCGGCGCCGUCCUUUCCGGAAAAGCGGAUUGGCUACCUGGGGCUCAUGAUCCUGCUCGAUGAGAGGCAGGAGGUGCUGAUGCUGGUCACGAAUUCCAUCAAAAACGAUCUGAACCAUGCCAACCAGUUUAUUGUUGGGCUUGCACUGUGCGCUUUGGGCAACAUCUGCUCUGCAGAAAUGGCACGAGACCUGGCACCGGAAGUCGAAAAGCUGCUCUCUUCCUCCAACUCCUACAUCAAGAAGAAGGCUGCCCUCUGCUCCAUUCGCAUCAUCAGAAAGGUGCCGGAGCUGAUUGAGUACGUCCUAGGACCAGCAACGGGGCUCCUGAACGACAAGCACCAUGGAGUGCUCAUUGCUGGGGUCAGCCUCGCCACAGAACUGGCGCAGACCAACGCAGAGGCCCUCGAACACUUCAGAAAGCAAACCCCGACCCUGGUGCGGAUCUUGAAGAACCUUGUCAUCAGCGGCUAUGCUCCCGAGUAUGAUGUGGGCGGCAUCACCGACCCGUUCCUGCAGGUGCGCGUGCUGCGCCUGUUGCGCUUGGUUGGCAAGGGCGACACGGAGGCGAGCGACAUCAUGAGCGACAUCCUGGCCCAGGUCGCCACCAACACGGAGUCCGCCAAGAACUCCGGCAACGCCAUCUUGUACGAGUGCGUCAUGACGAUCAUGGGCGUGGAGUCGAUUGGCGGGCUGCGCGUGCUGGCCAUCAACAUCUUGGGGCGGUUCCUGGCUAACCGGGAUAACAACAUUCGGUACGUGGCGCUGAACACGCUGGUGAACGUGGUGGCGGUGGACACGCAGGCGGUGCAGCGGCACCGCGCGACGAUCGUGGAGUGUGUCAAGGACUCGGACGUGUCCAUCCGGCGGCGUGCGCUGGAGCUGGUGUACGCGCUGGUGAACGAGAACAACAUCAAGACGCUCACCAAGGAGCUCCUCGACUACCUCAAAGUCGCCGACCCCGAGUUCAAGCCCGACCUCACCGCCAAGAUCUGCUCGCUCGUGCACAAGUACGCCCCUACCAAGCUGUGGCAUAUUGACACCAUGAUCCGGGUGAUGAGCGAGGCGGGCAGCUUCGUGAAGGACGACUGGGUGCGCGUGCUGAUCGUGCUCAUCAGCAACGCGCCGGAGCUGCAGGGGUACACGGUGCGCUCCUUCUACCGCGCCUUCCAGGACACCAAGGACCAGGAGAGCCUCACCGUCACCGCCGUCUGGUGCCUCGGCGAGUACGGCGAGAUGCUCAUGAACCACGCCAACGAGCUGGAGGGCGAGGAGCCGCUCACCGUGACGGAGCAGGACGUGGUGGACGUGCUGGAGAGCGUCCUGAAGGACUCGCGCAGCAACCCCGUGGUGCGCGGAUUUGCGCUGACGUCGCUGCUCAAGCUGACGUCACGCUACUCUACCGCGUCGGAGCGCAUCAAGGCGUUGAUCGGGUCUUACCGGGGCAGCCUGGUCGUGGAGCUGCAGCAGCGGGCCAUCGAGUAUGGCAAGAUCCUGGACAAGCACGCCAACAUCAAGCCGCAGCUGCUGGAGCGCAUGCCUGCCGUGGACGAGGCCCACCUGAAGCGCCGCACGGCCGCGGACGAGACGCUGGUGACCGCAGAUAAGGAGACCAAAUCGCCCAAGGCCGUGGCGAACGGGAACAAGCCGGUGGCGGCGGCGGCCAACCUGAUGGACUUGCUGGACCUCAGCGUGGACGACACGCCCGCGCCCCCGCCCGCGGCCGCCGCCAGCGCGCUUGCGGACCUGCUAGGGAGCCCCCCUCGCUCCACUCCCGCCCCUCAGCCCGCUGGCGCCAACAUGCUGCUCGAUCUGCUCGCACCCUCCACCGCCCCUCAAGCCACCACCCCCCCGGCUCAAGUCCAGGACCCCCUUGCCGCCCUUAUGGGGGGUCCUGCCGCCCCUGCUCCGCAACCCCCCGCUGCGAUGGAUCCAUUUGGCGACCUGCUUGGGGGCGCCGCACCCACGGCCGGGCCCACGUUCCCGUCCAUUGUCGCGUUUGAGAAGGACGGCUUGCGGGUUCACUUCGACUUCUCGAAACCCGCCGCCAACUCGCAGCAGACGACGAUCAAGGCCACGUACACCAACUCGGGGCCGUCGCCGUUCACGGACUUUGUGUUCCAAGCUGCCGUCCCGAAGUUCAUGACCCUAAGCCUUGAGCCAGCCAGUGGGUCCGUUGUUCCGGCUGGACAGGCGGGCAGCGUAACGCAGACCAUCAACGUCACCAACAGCUUGCAGGGCCAGAAAAAUCUGGUCAUGCGGCUGAGAAUAUCUUACAAGGUAAACGGCAGCGAAGUGUUAGAACAGGGCCAAGUGUCCAACUUCCCUGCACAACUGUGAAUCAAGACAAUGAGUCUGGAAACGAAGGAAGCAUCUUGACAUUGUAAUCAAUGAUCUUAGCUUGGUGCCCGCACAUGUCAUAUUGCUGGGAGCAGUCAUGCGCCUUCGAUAGGGGAUGGCACGACGGCCAAUUGGAG